CCAUGGUGCAGUCAAGGGAAGAAGUAUCACAAUGAAAGGACUAAUAUUCUGUGUUUUUGCCAUCGUGAUGCUCACACCUGCUCGAGGUGACGAGGAGGAGCAACCGGAGCAGCUUAUGGAUGCGGUGAAAUUUGAGGAAGAGGAAAUUCUGGAGUGUUUUCGCUGUGACUUGGGCUUCUGGGAUGCCUGUUACACCACCGAAACUAACUGCAGCGCCGGGGAGCGCUGCUUCAUGGGCCGAGGGAAGGCAGCUGACACUCUGGAUGUUAAGACUUUGGGUUGUGCAAAGGCAGACGAGUGCGGUGUGGAGACCACGGUGGAGCUCUUCUCUAACAACACCAUCUUUGUCAUGACCAAACACUGCUGCAACACUCCCUUCUGCAACUCGGCGCACAAACUUUCAACUGCCACACUUUUGUAUCUCGCUGUGGCUCUGCUAACCACCUGGCACCUCAGUGAAGCCUCGACGGGAUCACAAUUAACAUCCUUCAUUUAUUUAUGUUGUCAGAACAAAAAGAGAGACACUGUGAAGUCAUGCUGAAAGGACUUCAACCAUAUGGUGGAGAAAAAGCACCCGCAUUGCAGAGUUUUUGUACUGAGCAAUAGACGACUGAAUUAGAAAACUCUAAUUAGAUAAUUAGGGCAUGAACAUAUUUAGAAAGACUUUAAUCCAAAUCUGUUGUGACACUUUUGUUACAACAUAAACCUCUGCAGCUAAUGCAGUUUAAUAAAUGUUUCAGUCGCGCUGUAACCAAAGUUGUGUCAUGUAUUCUGUCAGGUGGAGCAUCAGUAACACUCUGCCCUCUCAAAAACCAGCGGAUAACAAUAGAAAGAGAACAAACACA